UAAAAAAAUAAAUCUGCGGUAAAGUAGAACAACAAAAUGAGCAAAACGAAUUCGCAAAGCGUGCGCGAAAAUUUUAGUAACGCGGUUUUUUUUAUUACAGGGGCCACAGGCUAUAUUGGAAAAUUGACUUUAGAGGAUAUUUUAAGAAAUUUGGAUGUAAAAAAGGUGUACAUUUUGGUAAGGGGUAAACGCGGAUUUAGUUCAGAAGAGAGAUUAAAAAGGUUACUUCAAAACCCAUUAUUCGAGAGAGUUCUUCUCAAAAACCCAGAAUGUUCUCGAAAAAUACACCUACUAGAGGGCGAUUUACUGAAAGAAAAUUUAGGAUUAUCAAGUGUCGACAUAAGCAAAAUACAAAAUGAAGUAGAAUAUUUUAUACACUGCGCUGCCACAGUAAAAUUUGACGAAAAACUACACAUUGCAACGCAGCUGAAUGUUAAAGCAACUAAAGAUUUGACUGAAAUAGCAAAAAAGGCGAAAAAAAUUAAGGCUUUGGUGCACAUUUCAACAGCUUAUUCAAACAGCCCUAUAAUAAAUGUGGAAGAAAAAGUUUAUACACCCUGUAUAUCUCCAGACUCGUUGUUAAAAAUAGUACAAAAUGAGGUUCCGGAUUAUAAAGAAAAAAGUAUUAUAGGAGAAUGGCCCAAUACAUACAGCUUCACAAAAAACAUAGCUGAAGCUGUUAUUCAAGAAGCAGCGAAAAAUAUACCGGUUUGUAUAGUAAGACCUUCCAUAGUUAUUUCAACUAUUGAAGAUCCAAUACCGGGUUUCAUCGAUAACAAAUAUGGCGCUGUGUCCGGUUAUCUGGCAAUAAGUUUGGGAUUUAUAAGAACAUUACAUGUAAACAAUUACGAUGUUAAACUUGAUAUGGUACCAGCGGACUUUGUAGCUAAUUCCAUAUUAGCUGCAGCAUGGAAUACAGCUAUACAACCUAAAUCCGAUGACGCAACUGUGUAUAAUUGUGUUAAUAACCAUGAUAACUAUUUGACGCUAAGACAUUGUGUAGAAGGUACUAUUUUGGAAAAUUCCAAAUGCCCCACUUCAAAACAAUUUUGGUAUCCAUUUCUAUUGCCAGUAAAAAGUAGAAAUUUAUACUUAUUUUUGGAUUUUUUGUUGCACCAUAUACCCUACUAUACUGUGGACUACAUUUUAUAUUUCCUGGGAAAGGAAACAAUAUUGUACAGUACAUACAAGGCAAUGGAACCGAUAAGAAACAUGUUCCCGUACUUUCUAAACAGAGAAUGGAACUUCGAAAACAAAAACUUCCGAAAUUUACACCAAAAAUUAUCAGUCACAGAAAAACGGAUAUUUAAUUUUAACAUGGGAUCUAUAAACUGGGACGAUUAUGCUUACUAUUUUCAUAGGGGGGCUAAGCAAUAUUUACUUAAGGAUACUGAACCCCUUGAAAACUCCAGGAAAAGAUUUAAGUUGUUGAAAAUAUUACAUUUUGGUGUUAUUGGAAUUAUGAUAAUGUUUUUGUUGUUUGGAAUUCUGUUUACUCUACAUAAGUGUUUUUAGGUAAAUUAUUUAUUUGCUAAUCUGGGACGACACCUUGAAAAUUCCAAGAAACGAUUUAAAUUUUGAUAUUGUUAUUAGGUUAUUUAAUAAAAUUAAUUAUUUAAUAAUCAC